CAACAAACCUUUGCCACUUUACCAAUUUAAACUCCAUGCUAUAAUCUUUCCCUUCUGUAACCCUGUUUUCUGGGUACAACAAUUCUUUCCUAUUUUACCAAUUUGCCCUUCAUGUACCCUAUAAUCUUCACCCUUCUGUACGCCAGUUUUCUGGGUUCAAAAAAUCUAAGCCAAUUUAUUUAUGUACCUAUAAUCUUGGCCCUUCUGUGAGCCUGUUCUCUGGGUACAAAAAGGCCAAGAAAUCUUGGUACUUUUACCAGUUUAAGCUUCAUGCAUACAUCAUUCAAGAAAUCUUGACCCUUUUGUAAGAAAUCUUAAGGGUACCCUUCAGAAUUGCCUACAAUUCCUCCUUUUUUGUUGUUUUCCCAAAAUAACCCCCAAAAUUUUUGCCCUUCCAUAAGCCAGUUUUCUGGGUACAAAAGGAUCAAUGAAAUCUUGAUACUUUCAYCAGUUUAAGCUUCAUGCACAUAUCAUCCAAGCAUCUUGAAUCUUUUGUGAGAAAUUUUCAAGGUAUCCUUCAGAAUUUGCCUACAAUUCCUCCUUUUUUGUUGUUUUCCCAAAAUUAAGCCAGUUUUCUGGGUAUAAAAAGAUCAAGAAAUCUUGGUACUUUUACCAGUUUAAGCUUCAUGCACAUAUCAUUCAAGAAAUCUUAGACCCUUUUUGUAAGAAAWUUUCGGGUACCCUUCAGAAUUUGCCUACGAUUCCUUCUUUUUUGUUGUUUUCCUAAAAUACCCCCCAAAGUUUUCACUACCCAGUUGUGGAAUUGUUGGUUUGAGAGCAUAUAAAAAUGAGGGAUUUCCCAUCUUGUUUUGGUGAAAAUGGUGUUCAAGUUUCUGAUGCUUCUUCAUCUGGUCCUCCUCCACCACCACCUGCCACUGCCACCGCCACCGCCCAAAAUCUUGUCACUUGUGUUUAUCAGUGUAAACUACGCAGCUCAUCCAGCUUCAUUGUCACUGUAACUUGGGCCAAAACCUUAAUGGGUCAGAAUCUUUCUGUUGAAAUCAACAAUCCCACAAACCACUCUCUGUGUAAACUCGAAAUCAAACCAUGGUUGUUCUCSAAAAAAAGAGGGUAUCGAAACCUCGAAAUGGGUUCCAAUUCAAUCGACUUUUUCUGGGAUCUUUCAUCAGCCAAAUUCGGUUCUUCCCCUGAACCAGUUGAAGCUUUCUAUUUCGCCAUUACUGUAAACCGAGAACUCAUCUUACUAUUGGGUGAUAUGGAGAAAGAAGUACACAAAAAGAUGAACAACAAUGGCUUCAAUUCAUCAUCCUCCCCAAACCCCAUUUUCAUUUCGAAAAAAGAACACAUAUUUGGGAAGAAAUCGUAUGCAACAACUGCUCAGUUUUGUGGGAAGGGUCAAAUUCAUGACAUCUUGAUUGAAUGUGAUACAAUUAACACCAAUGAUCCAUUUCUAUUGAUUCGAGUCGAUGGGAAAACAGUGAUGCAAGUGAAGCAACUUCGAUGGAAAUUUAGGGGAAAUUAUACGAUUUUGGUGGAUGGAUUGCCGGUUGAAGUUUAUUGGGAUGUUUAUAGUUGGUUUUUYGGUAGAUUAAUUGGGGGAAAUGGAGUGUUCAUGUUUCAAACUUGUCUUUCGGCUGAGAAAUUGUGGGGAUCUGCGAUUAAUUGGUCGAAUUCGUUGAUCAAAGAUUGUGUUCAAUCGCAGGGUUUGGGGUUUUCUUUGGUGUUGUAUGUUUGGAAAAAUGAAUAGGGACGGUCCUUGUGGUUUGCUGAAAUUGCCAUUUUUAGUCCUUGUGUUUUCGGAAUUACGGUUUUCAUCCUUGUAGUUUAUAAUUCGUUGUUGUUUUCGUCUAUAUGAUUUAUUAUUUUGUAGCUCGUUUUUUGUCCAUGUAGUUUAUUAUUUUAUUUCUAUUUUCAUCACUUGUAUUUAAUUGACUCGGUGACGAAAAUAACGAUAAACAGCACAGCAAACCACAAGGACAAAAAUCACUUGUAUACUCUCGUAUUUUCUCUUCUUCUUUGAAGUGUGUUUUUUUAAUUUCAAUUGUCGGUGUUCAGACCAACUUGUAUGUAUUAAUUUCAGUAACAGAAAAUCCCUACUUCCUUUUUGAA